CGCAAUUGAAUGUGGAUAUAAAAGUCUUAACAAAAAUGCAGCGAAGCUAGUUAUUUUUUGAAAAUGAAAUCGGAAGGAAUUAAAGUAUCUUUCAUCGCGAAAUUUUUGUUAAUCUCUAUUUAUUUAUUUAUUUAUUUCCAAUGCGCAUUCACUCAGGACCGGGAAGAAGAAAACAAUGAAUUUAUCGUUGGCGGCAUAGCUGCACGUAGCCCAAUCCCAUACCAAGUAUCCUUACAAAACUUAGCACCAAAUCGCUGGGAUCAUUUCUGUGGAGGAUCUAUUAUCACUCAGUUCCAUAUUGUAACCGCUGCCCAUUGCCUUCCUGGAAAGCAUCCAUCUCAGAUAUCAGUCGUAGUUGGAACCCUAAGAAGAUCAUCUGGUGGAAUCCGCCAUCAUGUUGAACGGAUACGACUGCAUCCGCAAUACGUAGAAUUUGUCCAAAACGAUAUUGCAAUGAUCAAAGUAAUAAUUCCAUUUACAUGGAGUAACCACAUACGUCCUAUACAAUUUCGUAGUGGUGCCUAUGUACCUGGGGGUGUUCCGUGUCGGUUGUCAGGUUGGGGAUUUGUAAACCAAAACUUACCCUUGCCUGAAAUUCUUCAGACCCUCAAUUUAAGGACAGUAUCAGACCAGCAAUGCAGAAGAAGCUUUUUGAUUGGACCAACCCAUGUUUGUGCGGAUGCCGGACUAUACCGAGGAGCUUGCUAUGCUGACUCAGGAGGCCCACUUGUGAGCUGGGAUCGAUCACUUCUUAUCGGGAUAGUUUCAUUUGGUCACCGAACCUGUGGAACGGGCAGUCCAGAUGUUUAUACCCGUGUUUCCUCAUUGGUGGGAUGGAUAGAAAAUGAAAUUCGAUUCUAGAAUUACGAGACUAUGAAGAAAUUAAUAAUAUUAACUCCGAUCAAAUAUUAAGCAACGUUGUGCCUUGGA